UUUGGGAGGAAAGCGUGUGGGUGCUCCGGUUCGCUGGGCAGUUUCUCUCACGUGCCGGGCGACGUUUGGUGACCCGCCCGGCGCCGUGACGUCUUUCAGAGCUUCCUCUUCUCGGCGGCUAUAUGGAACUAAUUGAUUGGGAUAUAAAAUAUUGUUGAAGCAAGCACAAAAUGGCAUACAGACGAGAUGAAAUGUGGUCUGAAGAGAGAUACACGUGUGAAAGACUUCCACGAGAACGGCUUCCUCCGCGUCCUGAUGUUAUGCAGUAUACAUUUGGCAACAUAAAACUCCAGGAGCCAGAAAGUGCUCUCCAUUUUCAACAUGAUGGAUUUUGGAUGAGUUGGAACAGGGAUGACUACCAUCGAGUAGUCAGUUUUGCAGCUAAGAAACCUGCACUUCCAGAGAGACCUGGGGAAGGAAGCUACAGUAGAUACGACUAUAGUCAUGGUCCUGUUGUCUAUAGAGACUAUGGAGAAGGACGUGGUUUUGCCAGUGAAAGAAGAAGUGGACCAUUGCACAGAAUUGAAGACCCAGGAUAUAGAUGGUCAAGGGAAGACCAUCCUAGUCGUCAGCCUGAUUACAGGGACAUCAGAGAUGGCACACGACGAAAACCUGUGUAUCCUAAUUAUGCAAGAGAUCGAUCCCCACAUAAGCGAGAUUCACCGUACUUCAGGGAAUCAUCAGUCGGCAGGAGGGAUUCUCCGCAUAGCAGAUCCGGCUCCAGUGUCAGCAGCAGAAGUUAUUCUCCUGACAGAAGCAAAGCCUAUGCACUGCAUCAGUCCCAGCAUAGCAGAAGUAUGUCAUCUUUACAUAAAAGAAAUAUUUCCCAACAAGGUAAAGAGAGGUCUUCAUCUCAGUCUUUGAAAACCUCAAGAGAUGUAUCUCCAUCAGGGACUACAGUAGUGCCACCCUCAAAGGCACUGGACAAAAGUAACAGGUUAUCAGAAAAGGAACUUGCAGAGGCUGCAAGUAGGUGGGCAGCUGAGAAAGUGGAGAAAGCUGAAACAAGCAACAUACCUGAGAUUUCAGAGUAUGAUGCUGCAUCCACAGAACCAUGUUAUGUUGAACAUCAUGAAGAAACAGGCACUAAUAUUACAGAAAAUAAUGAGUUGUUUGAAGAUAGUCAGCAUGUUAGUCGCUCAAAGGCAAUUGCUGCGAAGACGAAGGAGAUUGAACAAGUCUACAGACAGGAUUGUGAAACCUUUGGUGCUGUAGUGAAGAUGCUGAUUGAAAAAGACCCUUCAUUAGAAAAACCAAUUCAGUUUUCCUUGAGACAAAACUUGCAUGAGAUUGGUGAGAGAUGUGUUGAAGAACUUAAGCAUUUCAUUGCGGAAUAUGAUAGUGCAAGUCAAGAAUUUGAAGAAACCUAAGAUCAGGACUGGAUUGUUCAUAUGUAAAUACCACGUUUCAAAGUGAUGAAUUCUUCAGCAUCUGUACAUCCUACAACAGAUUUUUUUCUCUUCAGAAAACCUAAUACAAAUUUUAUAGUAAGGCUGUUCCUUGGCAAGGUCAUUAUUUCACUUUUCACUUAGUAGUAGUCAACUUCUCAAAGAACGCAAAGUGUGUUUGAGGCACUUUUUUUGAAUCUCAGUGUAGAUUUGUACAUUCCAUUGACCUUAGGUUGGAAAAUGUCAUGUUAAAUAUAGUUCAGUAGGUAUGCUGUUGUGUAUUUUUGAAAAUAUGUCACAAAAUGCCAUAAUUAUUGAAACAGGCUUCUCUGAAUACAAGUGACAGUCUUCAGAUUUUAUUAAUACUGACUACAGGUAUGUACAGUAGUAAUUACAACUGUAUUUAUGUGUAUUUACAUAUGUGCUGUCUUUAGGUAGGGUAGCCAUUUGCAAAUCCAUUGUAAUAUUGAGUAAACAGUUGUUUGAAAACUGACACUAAGCUAGUUGUUUUAGUUUAGUGUUUUGUUUUUGAUAAAAUGGCCUUUAAUUAAAAUACUUUUAGCACAGUUUGAGAUUUUGCAUUUUCUUAAUACAGCUUGUACAGUGAAUCUUGAAUAUGUACUUAAACCUAGACACAAAACAAUGGAAGAAAAUGUUCACCAUUCCUCUUCUGGAGUAUCCACAUUAAAAAUGUUCUUUUAAUAUAAA